CGCAAAGUGGCUAAUGUGCGAACUUAUGUUGCAACAGAGCUGCAUGACUUUUCAUUUGCUUAACCCAUAAUGACCUGCUUGAUUUCUUCCCACAGUAACAGGGACUUGCUUGAAACCUGAAGGUCUUGCGUAGGUGAUUUUUUGCUGGGAUGGCGGGAGAUGGAACCCCCCGUUCUGGGGUGACUGACUGUGUGACCAGGGUGGCCCUGAGUGUCUCCUGUGAGAAUCUGAUGGACAUGGACUACUUUUCAAAGUCUGACCCGCAGUGUGUGAUGUACAUGAGCACAUCUGGAACCACCUGGGUGGAGGUUGGUCGCACAGAGAAAAUCAUGAACUGCCUCAAUCCCAAUUUUUCCAAGACAUUUGUCAUUGACUACCACUUUGAGACGGUCCAGAAGUUGAGGUUUGAAGUGUACGACAUUGACGACAAUGUCAGCAGCAGUCUGCUAAACGCUGACUUCUUGGGAGAACUGGAAUGUACAUUGGGACAGGUUGUGUCUUCGAGGAAUCUAAAAAAAACACUUGUCAUGAAGGACAAGAGGCCUGCAGGAGCUGGAACCAUUACUAUACGUGCAGAAGAAAGAACAGACAACAGGGUGGUGCGACUUGAAGUUGCAGCUAGACAACUGGACAAGAAGAGUUUUUUUAGCAAGUCGGACCCGUUCUUGGAAUUCUACAAAGAGACGGAAACAGGAUGGCUGUUAGCUCACAGGACAGAGGUGGUAAAAUACAAUCUGAACCCUGCAUGGAGACCUUUCCAAAUCCCAAUUCAGGCACUCUGUGGCGGUGAUGUGGAGAAAUCUAUAAAGGUUGAUUGUUACCACUAUAGCAGCAGUGGCUCACAUAGCUUCAUUGGAUCCUUGCAGACUACACUUAGCCAAAUACAGCAGGCUUUGCAAACAUAUGCGGGUGAGUUUGAAUGCAUCGACAGGAAGAAGAAGCAGAACAAGAAAGGCUACAAAAACUCUGGUAUUAUAGUCAUUAAGCAAUGCAAGAUUGUGAAGGAGUAUACUUUCCUUGAUUACAUAUUUGGUGGCUGUCAGAUAAACUUCACGAUCGCCAUUGACUUCACAGGGUCCAAUGGGGAUCCCAAGUCUCCACAGUCCCUCCAUUACAUCCACCCUUACGGCUAUAAUGACUACCUUUCGGCUAUCACGGCAGUGGGUAAUAUCAUCCAAGACUAUGACAGCGAUAAGAUGUUCCCUGUUUUGGGGUUCGGCGCUCAGAUCCCUCCUACAUGGCAGGUCAGCCAUGAGUUUGCCGUCAACUUCAACCCUUCAAAUCCAUUUUGUGAAGGUAUUGAAGGUGUUGUCCAAGCCUACCAGCAGUGUUUGCCGCAGGUGAAGCUCUACGGCCCUACAAACUUCUCUCCAGUCAUCAACCACGUUGCUCGUUUUGGCAGCCAGGCUUUACAGCAGCAAACUGCCUCUCAAUACGUUGUGCUGCUCAUCAUCACUGACGGCGUGAUCACGGACAUGGAUCAGACUCGCGAUGCCAUCGUCAAAGCCUCGCGUCUGCCCAUGUCCAUCAUUAUCGUGGGAGUGGGCAGGGCAGACUUCAGCGCCAUGGAGUUCUUGGAUGGAGAUGACGGACUUUUGCGCUCAGCUGCAGGCGAAACUGCCAUGAGAGAUAUUGUCCAGUUUGUUCCAUUCAGACAGUUCAAAAAUGCAGGCGCUGCUGCCCUUGCCCAAAGCGUACUGGCUGAGUUACCUGACCAAGUGGCCUCAUUCUUCAAUUUAUUUGACCUGAAGCCCCCCAGUGACCCCAGUCCUUCGAAUUGUAAUCGAACAUAACUAUUGGCGCAGAAUUAUACCACUAAUGAGGUUCCCUGCUCUGUUAAACCACUAUGUCUUGUAUUUAACAAAACAAAUAUCCUGUCUUUGAUAUUAAGUGUCAAUUGAGUGAUAUUUUCUUGAUAAACAAAAUAUCGUAGUAGCCAUGUGCCUACCCACUUCAAAAUAUCUACCUCCUAUAUUUUGUAAAGUAUGGGUCAUUAUGUCAGCAAUUGUCUUCUACUCUAUCAGCUGCCUGUUUCCACUCCAUACAGAAUCAAUUAGAACCCCCCCAUGUUUUCAUGUUGAAAAUAUCCACUGGAAAUAUGGUCUUUAAUGCAAACAGACAUAUUUCAAAAAGAAUGGAUGGCCUAGUCUUUAUAACUAAUAACGAAACUAAUCUGGUAACAAAUUCUAAAUAUGCAACAAUUAAAGAAGUAACAUAACACUUAUUAGGAUGAUGAUAACACCAUUUCAUAGAUGUAAUCAUUCAUCACAUAAAUCAAAGGCAACAAAAUGUCUUAUCAACUUUGUGUUUCUGCUUGGAUAACUAAGCACAAUAGCUUUUUUUCCUCUCCCCCAGACAAAUAUGACAUGUUGGGUUGGUAUUCUUGCAAAUCCAGGUUACCUCACUACUGUUUGCAUGAGACAAGUUACUGGAUGUUUCAUGUUUGGGGAUAUGACUAAAAACUACAACACUGCAGUUUGCGCUAAUACCACAGUUGGUUUUAUUCAAAUCAUCUCUCUGUUUCUGUUUAGAUACAAACAGAAAGCAAUUUAGUCUGAAUUGAUGAUUCCAACUAUACAUAUUUUUUAGUUCUGAUACAAGUGUACUUCAUUUCAAUAAUCCCAUAAAAGAUCCAUGUGAUUUCGAAUGAUUUGCUGCCCCUGCCUCUCGCAACAACUGAUGUGGACAUGCUGUUUAUACAGCAAAAGUGCAGGAUCACUAAACAUUGUCAUGUUAUGUAUAAUGCCAGCAGGGACAAGCCAGUAUUCUGACUUUAUUUCUAGUCUUAUUGUAAGAAUUGUUUAUGCACCAUAAUGUACUGAAGUAAUUUUACAUUGCAGAGUUGGCAUUUCUUAUACACCACUGCUUCUGAAGGUAAGAGUUCUUUGUGAAUGUUAAGAAAGAAAAUUUAACACAUUCUAUUCAUUUGUUAAUUUAUAAAUCAUUUGUAAUUUUGUAUUUUUCCAUGUAAUGUGAGCUGUCAAACUUGGCAACUGACAUCCCCCUGUAUCCUGAGUAUAUAAAAAGUGUCAUUAACCCAAA